CAUGGCUUACUUGCAGAUCUCCCUGUUCGCUCUUUGCCUCGCCAGGACCGCACUGUCCGCUGCAGCUCCUCAGGUCCCUCUGCCUCUCCCAGGGGUCGCCUUCGCCUCCCCCUACGCAGCUUACACCUCGCCCUACGCCGCCGUGGGUCCCGCACUGCCAGUGAGGACUGCCGCCCCGUUCGCCGUCCGUGCCGCCCCCGCAGUUGCUGCCCCAGUGGUUGCUCCCGCCCCUCUUGUCCGAGCCGCCCCCGCCGCUGUGGUGGCCCCCGUCGCCAAGGUGGAGGAGCUCGACGCCUUCCCCCAGUACCAGUACGCCUACUCCGUCCAAGACACCCUGACUGGAGACUCCAAGGUCCAGCAGGAGGCCCGUGACGGAGGAGUCGUCAAGGGCAGUUACAGUCUUAUAGAGCCAGAUGGCGCUCGACGCACUGUCAACUACUACGCCGACCCCGUCAACGGCUUCAACGCCGUCGUGCAGCGAGAACUGCCCGCUGCUGUUGUCCCCGCCGCUGUCGCCGUCUAAAAUACCACCUUUUCAAUAUGUAGAUAAUCAUGCUUUCAUCGUGUACAUUCCUCUUAUCAGUUGAGAAGUCAUUUUUAAAACCUAAAUAAGUGGCUUUAAAUUGAAACUGAAAUGUCUAUCCAAGCGAAUCUUAAAAUUGAAAAAAACCACUUUGGUAAUCCAUGAAAAACGUUUUUAUCGCACUUUUUUCAAACUCAGAUUGUAAAUUAAUUGUUGCAUGAAUUCGACACAGAAAGGGUUCAAUAGUUUUAUACAGACACUCUGCUUUUUUAUUUUAAAUUUAUUUAUAUAGAUGUUUAAUGAUCAAAGUACUAUCUGCUGUACUUUAAUUUUGUACCUUCAACUUUGUUUAACAAAUAGGGUUUAUAAAUUAUUUUGUUUUCCCCGAAUGUUUAGAGCCACUUAUCCCAUUCAUCAUACUAAAACACUCCCCUGACAUUUUCAUCCUCGUUCAUCCUUCCUUCUCUUCCACUCUAAUUCUUUAAGUAGCCAUCCUCAUCUUGUACAAUGUUACAUUUUAAAAUUCAGACAUUGUAUAUAUGUUAAUGAAAUUUAAUUAAAUAUACAUGUAUAUAAACUGUCA